AUGCCGCCGCGCCCUCUCGUUGCCCUGCGCCAUCACCACCGCCCAUUUCUGCCCCUCGCGCUCUCGUCGCUCCGAAGUCACGUUCAAGCUACAACCGCCGCUCCGCAUCUUUCGCAGAGAGCUCUUACUUCGCUGCAUCCCGUCCCAUCCUUACCGAGCGGCGUCGCGCACACGCUAGAGAUUCGAGUCGCUGCCGCGUUGCUCGAACCGCAUAUCGUGUCGCCAAUCCACGCCGUGCAAUCGGGCCUCGCGCGCGCGCCCUCGCCGUCGCCGCAACCCGUCGCUCAGCCGCAGCCGUGGCGCCAUGGCGCGCCACCUCGCUGCCACACCCGCCAUCCCUCGCCUGCUCCUCUUGCGCCCUCGCCCCUCGCAGGCAGUGCGAGUGGAUGGCUGCGAUCUGCUGCUGCGGGUGAGAGCUAUGUGAUCCCGCGCACUCGCACGCGGAGCUUCGCCCGCGGCAGUGGCGGCGGCAGUGACGAACGGAGUGCAGGCGGUGGAGACGACAGCGAGGCGCGAUUGAAAGGCGAAGGCUGGGGUGGUAACCACACGGAGCGAGGUGGCAAGGCGGAGGCGCAUGCGAUGGAGGCGUACCUGCGGCGGUUCGUGGACUACGAGAAGCGAGGCGUGCCCGACGGUGCUGCUGCCGCUGCUGAGGCGACGAGCGAGGCGGGUUCAGGCAUGCGGGAGGGCGGUGCGCGUGCGGGCGAGCAGGGGAGGGCGGGCGAGGAGCGGUUCGACCUGCAGCGCAUGCAGCGGCUGAUGGACGCCCUGGGGUCGCCCGUGUCGCAGUACAAGGUGGUGCAUGUGGCGGGCACCAAGGGCAAGGGCUCCACGGUGCACUUCAUCGCCAGCAUUCUGCGAGCGGCAGGCCUGGCUGUGGGCACGUACACCAGGUGCUGCACUGCCCGCCCACCACAGCUGCCCGUCCACCCGCUGCACACCCAGUACCUCGCUUGCCAUUCCAGUGCCAUUCCAGUGCCAUUCCAGUGCCAUUCCAGUGCCAUUCCAGUGCCACUCCACACACCGCCGCUGCUUUGCUCUCACUCCAACCACCACUGCCCCUCUUUCCCCUUUCUUCCCGCUCACCUUCCCCUCCCGCCUGCCCUGUGCACCUGCACGCCCCCUCCACGCGGCCCUCAUCUGCUCUCACCACUGCCUGCCUGCCCUGCUGGUGCGCCUGCGCUGCGGUGGGUGGGGGUGGGCAGUCCGCACGUGGUGAGGCUGAACGAGCGCAUCGUGGGCCCCACGGGGCACCCUGCCACCGAUGCGCAGCUGGCGGCGCUGCUGGCACGCCAUGGCGGCACAGUGGACGCCGUGUGGCACGAGGAGAAGCGGCGCGGGGGGGUGCUAUCACACUUUGAGGUGCCAUUCAUGUGGGGUGGCGUGGCGUGGUGUGGGAGUGGGGAGUGCAGUGGGGUGCUCUCUCACAUGUGGAGUGGCAACCCUGUGUGCCCAUCUGACACUACACCUCCCACAUUUCUCACCCAUGUGAAUGUCCCUCUCCACCCUGUCCUCCAUUGCCACUCACCGCUCAAAUCGCACAUACCUGUAACUCGCUUCGCGCCCCCCCCUGUGCGUGUGUGGGUGGCAGGUGCUGACAGCGCUGGCGUUGACGUUCUUCGCGGAGCAGAGGGUGCAAGUGGCCGUGGUGGAGGUACUCCUCCCGGGUGGGCUUGCGUGCAUGGGUGCACACAUGACCUUGCGGCAUGCGCGUGUGAUUGGAAGCAGGCGGGGCGGAUGCUGGGGUUGGUGCUGUGGGUGGGGCUGGGCGGGGUGUGUGAUGCCACGAACGUCAUCCCAGCGGGCAGCCUGGCAGCAGCAGUGAUCACGGCUAUCGGCAUGGACCACGUGGGCGCGCUGGGGGGGUCGCUGCACAGCAUCGUGCAUGCCAAGGCAGGCAUCAUGCACGCCGCCACCCCGGUGGUCAUCUCCCCCCAGCCUCACCCCUCGGUCCUCCCCCAGCUGCUCUCACUCGCCCACCGCCUGCACUGCCCCACCGUGCUUGUUGCUGCACCUCACAGCAGCGACACCAGUGCCAGCAGGCAUGGCAGCACACUGCUGCCCGGUGCUGGCAGCAGCAGCACGCCUGCUGAGGUGCUCCCCCCUGGUGGUGGCGAGGGCAGGGCGGGCGAGUGCAGUGAGAGCAGGCAGGGGGCGCAGGGGGCACUGGGCCCCGCACACGCGGAGGGGGUGGUGACUGAGGGGGAGCAGUGGGGGGACAGCAGCAGCGGGGCAUGGCAGGCACAGGGAGUGUGGCGGGCAGGUGUGGAGUGGAGGGAGAAGGGCGUGGACACGGUUGACAGCACGCAGGGCGGGCAGGAGGGGCGUGAGAGCGAGGGUGGUGGGCGGCGCAUUGCAACGGUGGUUGACUUUGCAGUGGACAUGGCAGUGCUCUCUGGCGACCCACACGCCGCCAAGGUGCGUGCCGUGCUGCACGCGUGCCAGGGCCAUGAGUCAGGCGCAAUUGUGGCACGGGGAUUUAAGACAGCCUUGAGCUAUGAGGAGCAGCUGAGGGGCGUGCGGGUGGGCAUGGUGGGCGCGCACCAAGCCGCCAACGCCGCCACAGCGGUGGCUACGGCGCUGCUGCUGCGCCACACACUGGGCGCCAUGGGCAGCGCCAUCACACCCGCCGCUGUGCGCCACGGGCUGCUGUGCACGCCGCUGCCAGGGCGCUUCCAGGUGCUGCCUGCGGCGCAGGUGUGCGCACUCACACGCACCGUGCUGGGGGGCACAGGGGAGACCGGGGGUGCGGGUGCGCUGGCGGAGAGCUGCACUGGUGUGCACGGGGAGGGGCACGGGGAGGGUUGGGGAGAGCGGCAGGAAGGAGGUGGAUGGGGGGAUGGCGGAGAGGGGAAGGAGGGGGAGGAAGCGCGGGGAGGGAAGGGGGAGUGUGGCGGAGGGCGAGGGAGCAAGGAGAGGGAGGCAGAGGUGGUUGUGGUUCUAGAUGGAGGUGUGCUGUUCCCUGCCCUGCCUCUCCUCUACUUGCCGCCUCCUGUAUCACUCACAUGCCACCCUUCUCCUCACUCACCUCUUGCACUACCAGUUCCGUUGCACCUCCUUUCCAGCCCUCCCCUUGCACUCCCUCCCCUUGCACUCCCUCCCCUUGCACUCCCUCCCCUUGCACUCUCUCCCCUUGCACUCCCUCCCCUUGCACUCCCUCUCCUUGCACGCCCUCUCCUUGCACGCGCUGACGACUCUCCAUCUCCAUGCACACACACGGGCGACUCUGCCGCAGCACUGGCGAGGACGCUGCUGCAAGUCUUUGGCGCGCCUGCCACCAUGCCCUCUCCUUCUGCCACCCACCCCGCACUCUCUGCUGCUGGGGAGACCAGCGCCAGAGGGGACGGGGACGCAGGGGCUGGCCAGGGCGGGGGUUGCGAGGGCGAAGUGAAUGGUAGUGGGAUGGGAGGGAGCAGUGCAGAUGGGGGUGUGCAGUAUGUGUUUGUGGUUGCCAUGGCAGCCGACAAGCAACACCACGAGUUCUGCUCUGCACUCUUCUCAGCCAUCCCGCCAGCAGCAGUGCUGUGCACGUCAGUGCCGAUUGCAGCGGCAUCACAGCGGGCCAUGGCCCCCGCUGCACUGCUCUCCAUUGCACACACCCACCUGCCAUCCAUGCCCCCUCUUCCUGGGGACCCCGCACUGCCACGCCUCGCUGCACUGCCUGACCUCCGCUCUGCGCUCGCAGCCGCCCUGGCCUUUUCCACCACGGGGCUGCUUCUCCCACACAGCAGCUCGCCUGAGAGGGAGUGGCUGGUCUUUACAUGCAGUGGGUGCUACGUUGACCCUACUAAACAGUUGACAUGA